CAAUUGAACAACACUGCGUGUUGUAAGUAAACACAUUUAUCUCAAGAUUGUCAGUAAACUGUUCACUCUACGCACUGCUGGCUAUAAAGUCUCCAACUUGGCCAAGACAGGACUCAUUCCCAGUUCUCAGUUUCUCCGUUGAUCAUCAAAUCAAACGAUGUACGUCGUUUCUUUAUUCCUGUUUCCGUUCCUGUUGCUCCAGUUACUCCAGUCUGGAUUGGCUCUGCAGAAUGGAUUGGCACUUAAGCCACCAAUGGGUUGGAUGUCCUGGCAGCGCUUUCGUUGCAUAACGGACUGCAAGGCGUAUCCUGAUGAGUGCAUAAGCGAGCAUUUAUUCCGUCGACAUGCGGACUUAAUGGCAUCGGAGGGUUAUGCUGAUGCUGGCUAUGAAUACGUUAUCAUCGAUGAUUGUUGGCUGGAAAAGAAUCGCGAUAGGACAACAAAUAAGUUGGUGGCUGAUCGCAAACGGUUUCCCAGUGGACUCAACGCACUGGCUGAUCAUAUCCACAACAGGGGUCUUAAAUUUGGUUUAUAUCAGGACUUUGGCACAAACACGUGUGCUGGCUAUCCUGGAGUGAUCAAUAACAUGCAACUCGAUGCUCAGACCUUUGCCGAUUGGGAUGUAGACUAUGUCAAAUUAGACGGUUGCUUUGCCAACAUCAGUGACAUGGCCACAGGAUAUCCGGAGUUUGGACGUCUGCUUAAUGCCACCGGUCGACCCAUGGUUUAUUCCUGUAGCUGGCCUGCUUAUCAGGAGGAAUCUGGUGAAGUGCCUGACUAUGAGUCCUUAAAGGAGCAUUGCAAUCUGUGGCGCAAUUGGGAUGAUAUUGAUGAUUCUCUAGAGUCCGUCAUGCAGAUUAUAGAUUACUUUGGCAAGAAUCAGGACAGAAUUCAACCGCAUGGUGGUCCUGGCCAUUGGAAUGAUCCGGAUAUGCUGAUACUGGGCAACUAUGGACUCAGCUAUGAUCAAAGUAAAUUACAAAUGGCCAUUUGGGCUGUCCUAGCAGCUCCUUUAAUCAUGUCCAAUGAUUUGGCCAAGGUGGAACCUAGAAUCAAAAACAUUUUACAAAAUCGAGAUGUGAUUGCUGUGAAUCAAGAUCCUUUGGGCAUACAAGGACGCCGUGUGCUUAUUAAAAACGAUAUUGAGGUCUGGCGACGUCCCAUAACACCACAAAAUGAUGUCCAGGAGUAUUCCUUUGCCGUGGCCUUUGUCAGUCGUCGUACGGAUGGCGCACCGUAUGCCAUUACAUUUACGCUUAAGGAGCUCUUGUUGAUGAAUGAAAAUGGUUACGGCGUACAGGACUUGUUCGAGUCAAAGAGUAACCUGGGCGUCUUCCGACCAGAGAAUCAUUUCUCUACACGUGUUAUUCCCAACGGAGUAACUUUCUACAAGUUUACGGCGCUGUAAAAAUAAGGGCAGUUAAUUAAAUAAUCAAAAUAUGCAAAUUGUCAUCGAAUAUAAAUAUUUCAAUGAAAAGAAUAAAUUUUUGUAACUAAAUGAAAACGACAAAAGGAUCAUAA